UUUCAGAAAGAAUUAGAUGGCAUUCUUCGAGAUUAUGUUGGACGGGAGAGCCCGCUUUAUUUUGCAGAACGACUUACAGAGCACUACAAAAGUUCUGAAGGUGAGGGGCCCCUUAUUUUCCUGAAAAGGGAAGAUCUUAACCACACUGGGGCACAUAAGAUCAACAAUGCUGUUGCACAAGCUCUACUUGCAAAGCGUUUGGGGAGGAAACGAAUUAUUGCAGAAACUGGUGCUGGCCAGCAUGGUGUUGCAACAGCUACUGUAUGUGCAAGAUUUGGAUUGCAAUGCAUUAUCUACAUGGGUGCUCAGGACAUGGAAAGACAAUCACUAAACGUCUUUCGCAUGCGCCUUCUGGGUGCUGAGGUGAGAGCGGUUCAUUCUGGGACAGCUACACUGAAAGAUGCCACUUCAGAAGCCAUCCGAGACUGGGUGACUAAUGUUGAGACCACCCACUAUAUUCUUGGAUCUGUUGCAGGCCCGCAUCCAUACCCAAUGAUGGUUAGAGAUUUCCAUGCUGUGAUUGGCAAGGAGACAAGGAGACAAGCAAUGGAAAAAUGGGGUGGCAAGCCUGAUGUACUUGUUGCUUGUGUUGGUGGUGGUUCAAAUGCUAUGGGCCUCUUUCAUGAAUUUGUUGAUGAUGAAGAUGUUAGGUUGAUUGGUGUUGAGGCUGCAGGAUUUGGUUUGGAAAGUGGAAAACAUGCUGCAACAUUGACAAAAGGAGAGGUGGGUGUCCUACAUGGUGCCAUGAGUUAUUUAUUACAAGACGAUGAUGGGCAAAUUAUUGAACCACAUUCAAUCAGUGCUGGUUUGGAUUAUCCUGGUGUUGGGCCUGAACAUAGUUUUUUGAAGGAUAUCGGACGUGCUGAAUAUUAUAGUGUCACAGAUGAAGAGGCGUUGGAAGCUUUCAAGAGAUUAUCUCGUUUGGAGGGAAUUAUUCCUGCGCUGGAAACUUCACAUGCAUUGGCUUAUUUGGAAAAGCUCUGUCCAACACUACCAAAUGGAGCAAAGGUGGUCAUAAACUGUAGUGGCAGAGGGGACAAGGAUGUUCAAACCGCUCUGAAACACCUACAGCUCUAAUCACUCGCCAAGGCUUCUGCUUUUGUCCUCAUGUCUUUCAUCUAUCCGGUGAAUGCUUUAUUUUCCUUAUUGCUUUUUUUACUUUUCUUUCAAAACUUCAAAAUAAGCAAGCUUUAAGUUGUUGUCCCUUCAAACUUUCCCCUUA